CAAGGAAUAUUCAUUAGGCGAAGAAGAAGAAGCGCGCGCACAUCCGGUCAGUUUGUAAUGCUUGGCUCGCUAAGUAAAACAUUUUCUUUAGUCCAAAGUUGUAAGACAGAAAUUGUCAUGUGCACUGCUGGAGACGGCACAGAAAUAAUCAUCCUCAGUGAUGAUGAGGAGGAGGAUUCGGAAAAAGACUCUGAAAAUAACCAGUCAUGCCUCAUCAUAGAAUAUGGCAAUAAAACAGAUGAAUCAUUGCAGUCGGACUCUUUGGUACCUUCGAGUGCUUCAGAUGAGGACCUGGUUGUGACUUUCUCCCGACGGGCUGAUGUGCUGCCUCACGCACGUUAUGACUGUCCCAUACAUCCUUUCAUAGCUGCAGAUUGUGAGUCGGCCGCUCCUCUGGCUGGUAACCAGCUCAUUUGUGAUCAGUGCUUCUGCUACAUCUGUGAUAAGCUGGCUUCAUCGUGUGUGAUGUGGACCUGCAGUGGACGGUGUCACUGUAACAGCCACAAGAAAAGCGAAUUCUGGAACAAUCUCAGAAACAGUUUUCUGCUGGGAGAACUUAAGAUGUUCAACUUCUCUCUGUCAGAAAUAGACUCUCAUCUCCGACAUGCAGAAAUUAUGCUUCAGCUCUUCAGACAAGAGGUGUCAGCAAUUCUCUCCUCCUUUAUUCGGGGGCAAAUCGUACAACAGGAUUGUAAACAGGAAGUCAUCCACGAUUACACACCAGUUUUCAACUUUGUGACUUCAUUUCUGAACAAAGCAGACAAGCAGAACAGCAGAGCGGCAGCUGUACUGAACCUGGGAGCUGCUGAAGUGUUUAUGAAGCAUUUUCAAGUAUCAGGACCUACUGGACCGUCUCCCAUGUCAAACGCUUCAAACGCCAAGGUGGCGUUACUGCAGAGAGUUAUAACAUCCAUGCAGAGGCUUAUUGUUAUGGCUAAUUUCCCUCCAGGAUUUGUCCAAAAACUGCAGAAUUUUUACCAGAAAACAACAUUUUUCCCAGUGGACAUAAAAAGCAUGAGGAACAGCUUGUGCGUCCGCCCCUGGGACGACGUCCUGCUGGUGUCUGUGCUGAGGGGGCAGAACGUUUCGGGCGUCCGAAAAGACAAAGGCAAGAAGACUCAUCUGACUGAAGAGAUGUCUGUGGUUCUACUGAGGAGUGAGCUGCUUCAGCAAGAAUGCAGGUACAGGGAGUUGUGUCGGUAUCUGAAAGUCGUUCAGACUGAUGAAUCUGCACGCUUCCAACAGUUACAAGACCUCAUUCCCUUUUUCCUGUGCAUGCAAGGAGACCUGACAGAAGCUAUGACGAGCUUGUUCCCAUCAGUCAAUGCCCCCGCCUGCCGCUUCUCUCCUCAGCUCUUUCUUACGUAUCUUCGCAUUUUCCAAACGGCCAAAGCGCCAAAGCUGAUAGUGUGCCAGCCAGAGCAGCUCUACUGCCCCAAUGCUGUCUGGGAGCCCAUUAAAGAUGCUGUUCCUCUGAGGUGUGUGGACCUGGUGAAGUUUGCUCUCAAGGCUCAGAGGUGUUCUGCUGCCGUCUACAAGGAUUCUCAGUGUUGGACCAGUUUACUCACAAUUGUCAACUCGUCCACCGCUUUCCCCCAACCCAGCCCAGAGUUUCUCUGCGAGUCGCGGCAUGUUGUGAAAUCCAUACUGCUCAGCCAUCAGAAUUCCAACGUGACCAUCCCUCGAUCUUUUCACGAGGUGUACCCACAUCAGGCCUUGCUGCUGUUGGUGACGGGAGCUCUGAGUUUCAGAAUCCUAAAUGGCGCCCUGUGUCCCGCUCUACCCGUGAUCAACACGUUUAAGGACAACAUGUGGGCUUUUAGGUGGAUGUUUGAAAACUUGGCUGUAAGCGAAGAGCGACUCCAGUCGUUCUUUCAGGACGUCACACAGGAGGUUGCAAACUCAACAGGCUCUCCAUUGGCUGUCAAUCUCAUCCUCUCCUAACAAAAGGCGUCCUGACAGAUUCUGCAGGAUCACUUUGACCUGAUGUGGAUUUUCCAUCUCAACUCCUGAGAGUCCUGAGACCUCUGCCUGCUAACCCAAACACGCAUAAACGCUGUGAAGAGCCAUCACCCCCCUGCAGACUGUACCUGUAUGACCGCUUCAGCCGUCGGCGUCACACGCCUACGGCACAAACACACAGUUUACAAUUCUUGUUUUUUUUAUUUUUGUGUUAAAACUGUUUUUUCAUCAAAGCCUUUGAAUGUGUUUACUUGUAUCGCACAUGGCAACACAAUGUAGUUAUGUUGGUAAAUAAGCCCAAAGGCAUUGUGGGAAAAUGAGUUGAUUCUUGGCCACAGUUCAGAGCACAGAGGAACUUUAUUUUCAGAGCAGUUUUUCAAACUGUAACACUGUGCCUUUAAAGAAUAAACCAGAUUUCAUCAUGAGCUCUCAUGUGAAUGACUGUGCUUUGAUUUAAAAAAAAACAACACAGCAAAUAUAGUGAUGUGAAUAUUACACAGCUGAUCAUGUAAAUAAAAUUUUAAUACUGCAGGACCGGU